AUGCCGACUCCAUCAACCUGCUGUGGAAAGAGCGGCCAAGGCUGCGUCUGUGCAUCCCAAGCCAAGUGCUCAUGCGGAGAGAAGUCUGCCCUUCAUUGCAGCUGUGAUAAGGCCGCCACUGAAAACGAAGUUGUUGGACCUCGCUGCUCAUGCCGCGCACGUCCAGCAGGAGCUUGCACUUGCGAUCGUGCUUCAACCGAGAACACUACUCCUAGCGGCUCUCUCUGUUCAUGUGGUUCCAGACCUGCUGAUGCCUGCACUUGCGAGAAGGCAUCAGACGGAGGUCUUCUCCCCACCGAGACUGACUUCACAACCUCUCACUAG